AUGGUGUUUCCUGCCAUCCUCCCCAAGGUGGCCGCACGAUGGCUCUUCACGUUCUACCGCGCCGCCAGGAAGCUCAGGCGCCACGCCUUCCAGCUCUACUACCGCAACACAGCCACCGCCAAGCCGCCGUCGACCUCCGCCGUCUCGCAGCAGCAGCAGCAGCAGGCCGCCGCCGCCUUCAAGACCGGCGCCGCCAUCCCUGACGCCGCCGGCCGGACCGUCCUGUGCGACAUGCACGGCGCCCUGCUGCGCUCCACCGCGCUCUUCCCCUACUUCAUGCUCGUGGCGUGCGAGGGCGGCAGCCUUCUGCGCGCCAUGCUGCUGCUCUGCGCCUUCCCACUCGUCUGGGCGCUCGGGGAGCAGUGCCUUGGAGGCGGCGGCGCCGGCGUCCGGGUGAUGGCGUUCGUCACCUUCGCGGGGCUCACGCCCAGGGACGUGGACCUCGUGGCGCGCGCCGUCCUGCCCAAGCACUACAUGGAGCAGCUCAACGCGCUGGUGUACGGCAGCCUGUGGCUCCCGGCCAGGAGGAAGGUGGCGGUGACCAGCGCGCCGCGGGUGAUGUCCGAGUGGUUCCUCAAGGAGUACAUGGCCGCCGACGCGGUGGUCGGCCUCGAGCUGCAGCACGUCACGGUGGGCCGCCGCCGGUACUUCACGGGGUUGCUGUCCGGUCCGGCGACGGGGCCGGAGCUGAUGAGGCAGAAGGCGCUCAGGGAGGCGUUAGGCGGCGAGGCGGACGACCCCAUGGCCGACGUGGGCAUCAUCAGCCACUCCAACCCGCUCGACCAGCUCUUCGUCCCCUACUGCAAGGAAGUUUAUGUCGUGAGCAGAGAGAGCACAGAGAAUGACAAGCUACCGCGGGACAAAUACCCGAAGCCGCUCAUCUUCCACGACGGGCGCCUUGCCUUCCUCCCCACCCCGGCCGCCAUGCUCGCCUUCUUCCUCUUCCUCCCGCUCGGCGUCAUCCUCUCCGUCAUCCGCAUCAACAUCGGCAUCGCCCUCCCUUACAAGAUCAACUUCGCGCUCGGCGCGGUCUUCGGCGUCCGCUUCCGCGUCUCCGGCCUCCGCGCCCCGCCGGCGCCGGCGGACGACGGCAAGCAGCAGCAGCAGCGCAGGGGCGUCCUGUACGUGUGCACGCACCGGACGCUGGUGGACCCCAUCAUGCUCAGCACGGCGCUGCAGAAGCCCGUGCCGGCCCUGACGUACAGCCUCAGCCGGCUGUCGGAGCUGAUCGCGCCCAUCAGGACGGUGCGGCUGAUGCGCGACCGCGCGCGGGACUCCGAGACCAUGUCCAGGCUGCUGAAGCAAGGGGACCUCGCGGUCUGCCCCGAGGGCACCACCUGCCGCGAGCCCUACCUGCUGCGGUUCAGCCCGCUGUUCGCGGAGCUGGCCGACGACAUGGAGCCCGUGGCGCUGGACGCGCAGGUGACCACGCUCUACGGCACCACGGCGAGCGGCCACAAGUGGCUGGACCCCGUGGCGUUCUUCGCCAACCCGGUGCCCUCGUACCGGGUGGAGUUCCUGGGUGCCGUGCCGCGGGAGUGGACGCGCGCCGGGGGCAGGACGGGCGUCGAGGUGGCCAACUGGGUGCAGCGCCGGCUCGGCGAGGCCCUGGAGUUCGAGUGCACCGGGCUGACUCGCCGCGACAAGUACAUGAUGCUGGCCGGCAACGACGGCGUGGUCGCCAAGUAG